AUGCCGCCAAAGAAAAGAAUUCGUCCAGAAAAAGCUGCAAUAGAAUCUGCGGUAGAAGAGGUGUUAAAAAAAGGACAGUCUAUUCGUUCUGUUGCGACAGCAUAUAAAAUAUCAAAAUCAUAUUUAGCAGAUAUCGUUAAGAAAGUUAAAGAGCCUUUAAGUACGUAUACUCAUAAUCCCAAUAUUGGCAAUAGACGAAUUUUUAGCCAAAAACAAGAGGCCCAACUUACAGAUUAUUUAAAAAGAUCGUCGAAGAUGUGCUACGGACUCACAACAAAACAGGUUAAAGAGCUCGCUUACCAAUUUGCAGCUGCGAAUCAUGUCGCACCUGAAAAGUGGAUUGAGCAACAAAAGGCUACAAAGGAUUGGUUUCGAGGGUUCAUGAAAAGAAAUCCAUCAUUAUCGGUACGCAAACCAGAAAAUACGUCUUUAUCCAGGGCUACAUCUUUUAACCAAGAAAAUGUUGGUAAGUUUUACGAAAAUCUAGCAAACGUAUUAAAUAAAAAGAAAAUUGAACCCCAUAUGAUAUGGAACCUUGACGAAACUGGAUGUUUAACAGUGACUAAUCCGCCAAAAGUAAUUGCAACUAGAGGGUGUAAACAAGUUGGACAGAUGACAUCGACAGAGAGAGGACAGUUAGUCACUAUGCUUGGAUUCAUUAAUGCUUCUGGUGGCACUGUUCCUCCUGUGUUCGUGUUUCCUAGAGUCCAUUUCAAGGAAUUCAUGCUACAAGGUUGUCCAAAAGGAGCAUUAGGUUUAGCCAAUCCAAGUGGUUGGAUAACUGAAGAGAGUUUCUACAGGAGCAUGAUACACUUCAUCAAGUAUGUGAAGCCGUCUGAGGAGAACCCUUGUUUAUUACUAUGUGACAAUCAUUCUAGCCACAUAACAAUUGACAUUGUCACGUUGGCUAGAGACAAUCACAUAACAAUUUUGACGUUUCCACCUCACUGUAGCCAUCGCCUUCAGCCGCUGGAUGUUUCGGUAUAUGGUCCUUUCAAAGCCCGAUACAGGGAGGCCAUGAAUGCAUGGAUGAUAUCUCAACCCGGAAAAACGGUAUCUAUAUACGAAGUGGCUCAAUUUGCCAACACCGCGUAUGUCGCUGCAUUUUCUAUGGAAAAUAUUAUUGCGGGGUUUCAGAAAACUGGGAUACACCCAUUUAACAGAAACACAUUCACUGAGGAUGAUUUUUUGACAUCAUUUGUCACUGAUAGACCUAUGCCUGAGCUUCGAGAUGCUGAAGUAACAACUGAUGACGCCCAUGGACUUGGUGCUAAAAUUCCAUCAACUGUCGAUGCUCCUCCAACAUCUGCUGAUAUCCUGUCUACCUCACCUUCACAAACAACAGGCUCAGUAUCGAAUCCAUCAACCAUGGUUUUAUCUCCUGAAUGCGUCCGACCAUAUCCAAAGGCGUUGCCUAGAAAGAAUACUCAGAACCGAUCCAAGAAGAUGAAGAGCACCGUUAUAACUGACACGCCUGAGAAGGAUGCACUAAUGGAAAAACGAGACAUAGAGGCAGACCCUAAACAAGAUGAAGAGAUGCAGUGUCAAAGGGGACGCAUGUGUGGCAAGUAA